AUGUCUAGAAUUGUGAUUCAAGUGUACGACGGCUUAUCGAAUCUGGACAGCGAACAUUUCUGGACGGAGGGUUGUAAGGAAAUUCUACUCAAUCCAAAAAGUUCGUUCGGAGCCGAAUGUCGUAAACUAAAACUCGACAUAAGCGACACGCAGCCCACCGAGUACUUCAUUUGCGGUAACUUGUUAAAGUAUGACUGCGAAGGGCAUAAUUUGUUAUUGAGAUGUUCGAGCGUGUACUAUGAUACUGCUACUUGCUUUUGUCAAAGAAUAAUGAAAAGAAAAGUUGAUGAAAAUGAUGAGUACAGCUCUCGAGCUGCUACCGAUGGUGGAGUUUUUACCUUGAAGACGACGUCUUUCAUAAUCUCUGAUGAUCUUCAGAUAUUUCCUAAUACGAAAGGAUUAUUUCAAACUCUCGGAGAUUUUGCGAUUAGCGACGUUGAUCUUGUUGAACCGAUUAAUGUGACCUUAGGAUUCAGUGACAUUAUGGAUUUGCUCAAGGGAUCGUUGUUUUCCCGUACUCCACUAUCCGACAUCAUACUAAAGAAAAGAUCACAUGUUGAAUUUGUUAGCACAUCGUCAGAAUCCGAACCAGAAAUCUUGUCUCGGAAUUUGGAAAAAGAAGAAACUUAUAAUUCUAAGAAGAUGGUUUUGAAAGUCGUUUUACAAAAAUCGACUAAUAAGAUACUAUUUGCUCAAUCGGAUGAGGGUUUUGUCGAUUUUCUCUGUAGUUUACUCGCAAUCCCUAUUGGAGGAUGA